AUGACUCCACUGCGCUUGUAUCUCUUUGCAGCAACACUCCUCUGGAGCUUGGCUCUUUCCUCGGCUGUUUCCGUGGAACCCCGAACGGGCAUUGAAUUUGAGGACAAACUCAAUAGAGCCAAGCUGGAGAAAGUAGGCCUAAGAUCCAAAGGUCCGAUCAAGGUCUACGCUGUGGGUCAGUAUGGCAAAUCCAUCUUUGUGCUCAAAAUGGCGUACUCGGUCAAUGCUGAAAAAUUGUCAGGAGCGCUCAUGGAUGCCCUGAAACCACGCUGCGAGGAGCUGGGUUGCGGGGAUCAAGUGGAAGAGUUCAAGGCAUUUGUCAUGGACGCCUUGCCGAACGGGGCCAAACAGGGUACCCAACUCGUUUUCAACACGGCAGGUGGAAAAGUCACACUCAGUGUCAAUGGAAAACCGGCCUCCAAAAUUAGUGGCAAGGCUGUUGCCAAGGCAUUUACGGGGAUUUAUACAGACGCCAAUGCAGUGUGCAAAAUGAAACCAGUUCAGACCGAUGACAGCGGCGAAAGAGAUCCCGAGAUGAUGGCCACUCUUGGCGUAAUGGCCGCGACCACUCUCGUCAUAUUCUUGCUUGUCACAAAACCAGAUCCAGCCAUUAAAGUCAGCGAAUUGAACAUUUACCCCGUCAAGUCCUGUGCCGAACAAUCCGUCUCGGAAGCCACAGUGACACCCCGUGGUUUUGCAGGAGACCGAAUUGCCAUGGUCGUGGAUGCUAAUGGAAAAUGUUGUACCAGCCGUGACAAGGACAAGGCCAAAUUGUUCCAUAUCCACGCAGAUUUGGAUGUGGACAAUGACAAUUUGACAUUAACCGCUGCGUCGGCGUAUUAUCCCCUGGAAGUCGAUUUGCAAAAGUCGGCACCGUCUGGAAAGGUUACUCAUAAUGAAGCACCAGGCGAAAUGCAACUGGCCGAUUAUGGCAAUGUCGCUGCAGCGUGGCUAGAAAUUGCCACGGGCAUUGCAGGAUGCCGCCUCACUGGGAUUGGAGAAGAUUAUCAACGCAAAGUGAUGGUCAAUGCCAGUCAAGGCGAUGCUGUUCCGAAUAACGGCGAUGCUCCGGUAUCUCUAGCAGACGAAGCACCUUUUCUGCUGACAAACGAAGCUUCAUUGGAUGAUUUGAACAGUCGCAUGGUGGCCAGAGGGAAAUCCCCCGUUGACAUGAGACGAUUCCGGCCCAAUAUCGUGGUCAGCAGUGGCUCUGGUCUAUCAGCUUGGGAAGAAGAUACCUGGAGCAAGAUUCGUAUUGGUGGUACCGUGGAAUUCUUCGUGUGGCAACGUUGUGGGCGUUGCACGAUGACAACCAUUGAUCGAGAUACGUUGGAUCGUAGUGGGGAACCAUUGGCCACUUUGAAUACGUUUCGAGAAUCAGUGAAGGGUCAACGCAACUUUGGAAUGCAUUUGGUCCCCGAUCCAUCUACGCUGGUCGACGGAAAAGCCGAGAUCCAUGCCGGCGACAAGAUUGAAGUCUUGGAAUACAACAAGGCACGUCAGACGGAGUGGCAGGAGAACAAAGAUAACGGAGGAAUGGCUCCCACCGAGUAG